UUUAAUGUGUGCAACAUGGUUAUUUGUGGCAAUGUUCUGGCAUCCAGCAACUUUGAAGAGUUUAUUCUUACCUGUACGUACUGCACAAGUGAAUGCGACGUAAAAGUGAAUCUGGAAAAAUGGCAAGAGUUUGUUUUGCAUGUCAGCAGUGCGCACAAAUUUGCCAAUCAGAAGGUGGAAACUGACAACAUUGAAAUUAAAACUGAAGAUGACAAUAAGAUCUGUUUAGCUGAAUCAGAAUUUGUUGAACUUCCAACCUAUUCUUCCAAUGACGACGAUGAAUACAGUGAAUAUUCAGACGAGGAUGAGGUCUCAUCGCAAGGCGACUCAGGCGACGCGGAUGGCAGUAGUCAAGUAAAUGUUGACGAUGACGGCGUUCAAAAUGCUUUUGCACCAACGAGAAAGUUCAAUCCUACAUUUUAUAGGAGGAGUCCGCGCAUUACGCAGUUUAUUGAGAUGUACAACGCGUACCCGUGCCUCUGGGAUCCAAAUUGCUCUAGUUACCACCAAAAAGAGAAACGUGCGACUGCCUAUAGGGAGUUGCAUGAACAGAUGAAAAGGACUUUGAAUAUACACAUCAGCCUUUACAAAGUUAAGCAAUGUAUUUCCAGUUUGCAUACCCAAUAUGGGGCCAUUACGCGUCAGAAGCAUACAACCAAAUUAUCCAAACUUCCAUUAUAUUAUCACGAAAGAUAUAGUUUCCUAGGCGAACGCUGUGACACUGCCCAAACCGAAAGUGAUGAGGAUAGCGGGGACAGCAAAAUUAAGUUGGUAUUUACUGAAGCAAAUGAAAUGACAACCUUCUUCAUAGAACUAUAUUCCAAGUUUCCACAUCUGUACGAUUCAACAAACAUUAAUUAUGCAUGCCUCAAUGAACGCAUGUCAGCCUAUAUUGAAAUGACAGAGAUGUUGACCAACAAGUUUCCGCUGGGCAACAUAACCCACUAUGACGUAUAUGACACAGUACUAUAUUUAAGGAUAUGGUAUUCUAGAAAAAUCAAGGCACUCAAUGAGACACACGCAGUGGGCUUAGUGGACGCUGAGAAAGCAUACAUUGAUGCCUGCAAAAGAUUUUUGAGAGCAAAAACAUUCCGUCAGCAAUUACCUUGUUCUGUAUGCCAAAAGAGUUUCAGCACCGAUCAUGUGCUGCAGGCUCAUCAAUAUCGGGAGCAUAAAUUAGGCAAAGGCGGUUGGUUCAAGUGCAAUCUUUGCGAGAACCAUUUUGAUCGUCGCUGCCACUUGCAGCAACACAACCAGCGUGUGCACUUGGGCAAGACUUUUAAUUGUAAUGUUUGUGAUCGCAACUUUUCAUUUUCGAGCCAGCUGGUUGCGCACAUGCGUACCCAUGAUGAAAAGCACAUAGCUAAGCCUUUUGUCUGCGAAUUUUGUGGCAAAUCGUUUAAACAGAAAAUACAAAUGACUAAUCAUGUAACUGCUGUGCAUACAAAAAUUCGCGCAUUUAAGUGCACAAUGGAGCCAUGCACAAAGGACUUCUUAACGAAACGGGAUCUGAAAGAUCAUAUCAAGGCUCACUUAAAUAUACGAGAUAAGGUCUGCGAAAUUUGCCAAAAAGCAUUUACAAGUGCCAAUGCUCUUGUCAAACAUCGGCACAUACACAAGGAGAAGAAAUUGCAGUGUUCACUAUGUGACACCAGAUUUGCGGAACGCGUCAGUCUCGGAGUUCAUAUGAAGCGCACCCAUAAGAUUAUACGCAAUAAUUUAAAUGUUGCCGAUGCAAUGGACAUGGAGACGCCACACUAUUCACAAACAUUCCCACCGAGACACACCGAAAACAUUUCAACAUUAAAUAAACAAUAGUAAAUGUCAAG